GUUUUUAAUCGUCCUGGGAUGUUUGAUUCUGGCCAUUCUGACAACAUUCAGGGAACAUGAGAAGGUGUCUGCACACUGGCUGGUUAUUCUGGAAACCUUCGCCAUCUUCAUCUUCGGAGCGGAGUUUGCACUGAGGGUCUGGGCGGCGGGAUGCUGCUGUCGCUACAAAGGAUGGAGGGGAAGGCUGAAGUUCGCUCGCAAACCUCUGUGUAUUCUAGACAUCUUUGUGCUGAUUGCCUCUGUGCCGGUGGUGGCGGUGCGGAACCAGGGCAAUGUGUUGGCCACGUCCCUGCGCAGCCUUCGCUUCCUGCAGAUCCUGCGAAUGCUGCGCAUGGACCGGAGGGGGGGGACCUGGAAACUGCUGGGCUCCGCCAUCUACGCACACAGUAAGGAACUCAUCACAGCCUGGUACAUCGGCUUCCUGUCUCUGAUCCUGGCGUCCUUCCUGGUCUACCUGGUGGAGAAGGACGACGUCUCCAUGGAUGUGUCCAAUCAGGAAAACCCCACCGCUCAGCCCAAGCAGCAAGACUUCGACACCUACGCCGACGCUCUGUGGUGGGGGCUGAUCACUCUGACCACCAUCGGUUAUGGAGACAAAACCCCGAAGACGUGGGCUGGGAGACUGUUGGCCGGCACCUUCGCCCUGAUCGGAGUGUCCUUCUUCGCUUUGCCUGCAGGGAUUCUGGGAUCAGGCCUGGCUCUGAAGGUCCAGGAGCAGCACAGACAGAAGCACUUUGAGAAGCGCAGACAUCCGGCCGCCGGCCUCAUCCAGUCUGCCUGGAGAUAUUAUUCCACCAAUCCAGUCAGGGAGGACCUUAUCGCCACGUGGAGAUUUUACGAAACAGUCAUUUCUCUUCCCUGUUUCAGGAAGGAUCAUCUGGAGGCCAUAGCGAGCCAGAAGCUGAGUUUACUGGAGCGUGUUCGUCUUCCCAAUGCCAGACCAUCAGUGGGGACGGGCAGGAGGCUCACGGGUCACACCGACUCCAUCGAGGAAAGCCCCUCUAAGGAGCCCAAACCUGCCGGCUUCAGUAACCGGGAACGCUUCCGCACCGCCUUUCGCAUGAAGGCCUACACGCUCCGCCAGAGCUCUGAAGACUCCGGAGCUCUGGCAGACCCAGCCUUAGAGGAGCGGGGCUUCCCUCCGGACAUCCUGCUGGAGGAGAUGAUCCCCACACUGAAGCUGGUCAUCAGAGCACUAAGGAUCAUGCAAUUCCUCUUGAACAAGAAGCGGUUUAAGGAAACUCUGAGGCCUUAUGAUGUCAAAGACGUGAUCGAGCAGUACUCUGCCGGGCACCUGGACAUGCUCUGCAGAAUCAAAUACCUCCAGACAAGGAUCGACAUGAUUCUUGCCCCUGGACCCCCCCUCACCCCAAAACACAAGAAAACUCAGAAAACGCCCUUUGCCUAUCCGCCAAAUCAGUCCCCCAGGCACGAGUCCUUCAUAACCAAAGCUGCCUGCAUGCCAGAUGCCGAUGACCAAAGCAUGAUGGGUAGAUUCGUCAGAGUGGAAAGACAGGUGGAGGACAUGGAGAAGAAGUUGGACUUCCUGGUGGACAUGCACAUCCAGCACACUGAGCACCUGCAGGUGGACUCCGCGGGUGCAGCACACAUGACACUGGAGACCUGUGAUCCGACGGGGAACGGUGAGAUCAGACGGGUGUUCUUCAACUACGCUGAGGCGUUUCCCCACAUGUCGUACCAGAUGCCUGUCAACAAGGGGAAUCCAUAUUAUGGCAGGGGUGGAAGAGGAGGUGGGGAGGGGAGGGGGUUAGCAGGAAGAGGCUGUGUACCUCCAGAUCAUCAACCCCCGACGUCACACCUCUACCAGCACAACCCUCCAGCUGCCAUCCCCACCUACACUGAGCGUCCCACAGUGUUGCCCAUCAGCUCCCUGCAGGACUUGUCAGUGGGACUGGGCAGGACCACAGGGGGGCGGGGGGCUGACUCCCCUCUCUCGAUGCUGUCGGUGAACCAUGAGGAGCUGGAGCGCUCGCCCAGCGGGUUCAGCAUCUCUGGGGAGCGAGAGGGGGAAGAAGGGGAGGAUCUGUCGACGGGGGCAAGGGUGGCAACUGGGGACGGCAGCUGGACGAGACCCAGGCCGAGCUACCUGGCGGAGGGGGAAACAGACACAGAAACAGACCCCUUCACUCCCAGUGGGGGGCCCCUGCCUCUCUCCUCCACGGGAGAGGGAUUUGGUGACGCUGUGUGGAACACGCCACCUUGAGGGAUUUGUGUGACUUCACAGAAAUCCACGACUCUGAGUUAAGACCUUUAAUCCAACCCAUGCCUCUAAACCCAAAUCAGUUUGGGUCAAGUCUCUGGACCACACUUGGAGUGCAGGUGGGUUAAUCCGCUGCUGCAAGGUCAAGAGUACGGUCAUCGACCGUCAGAGGCACGAGGAUCUCAUCAACUGACCACCAGUCCAGACAGAGCCAUGCCAUCGAGACUGCCCAGAGAAAAAGGGAAACCAGUUUGUAAAGUUCAACUCUGUACAGCGCACUCUU